ACAACAAGUAGAGCAUUGUCAAAUCCUAAAUUCUUGAAAUUAGAACUUCUGUUUCAUUUCAAGGGCUCCCAAAUGCUUUUCAGCCUUUGGGUAAGCCAUCGAUCCCAAUGGAUUUCAGACUGAAAUUCAUCCAUUAGCUUGAAAAUCAUAAUUCAGUUUACCUCCAUAUCUCUCAUUCCCACAUACUUCAUCAAUUCGAGAAAGAACUGACUCGGAAACGAAGGCCAUUCAUUCCCGCGCAGAUUUGAAAUGAAACCCCACAUACCAGAAUUAGCUACUCGAGUGAGCAGAGCCAUACUUUCAAUUUCAAAUCACACAAGCCCGGCUGGAUCAUGGACCCCUUCACUGGAGCAGAAUUUGCAUCGACUCGGUUUUCGCCAAACGUUAAAUCCAUCUCUCGUCUCUCAAGUCAUCGACCCUCAUCUUCUUACCCAUCACUCCCUCGCUCUCGGUUUCUUCAAUUGGGCUUCUCAGCAACCUGGUUUCGCCCACAAUUCCGAUUCAUACAAGUCGAUUCUCAAGUCUCUCUCUCUUUCACGCCAAUUUGGGGCCAUUCAUAGUCUCUUGAAACAGGUAAAAACUCAGAAAAUUGGCCUCGAUUUAUCAGUUUAUUGCUCUGUUAUUGAUUCCUUGAUCAUUGGCAAGAAGACCCAUGAUGCUUUUUUGGUUUUUAAUGAGGUUACUGAUGUUAUUGGAUCCGAAUCAUGUAAUUCGCUUUUGGCUGCUCUUGCUUCUGAUGGGUUUUUUGAGCAUGCCCAGAAAGUUUUCGGUGAAAUGUCUCUUAAAUGCAUUCCUUUUAACACUCUUGGCUUUGGUGUGUUUAUAUGGAGGGUUUGUAGAAAUACUGAUGUAGUUAAAGUUUUGAACAUGAUAGAUGAUGCCAGGACCAACAAUUCGGAGAUCAAUGGUUCUGUUAUUGCCACAUUGAUCAUUCAUGGGCUCUGUGGGGCGUCUAGACUUGCAGAAGCUUCAAACAUUUUGGAUGAGCUUAAGAAUAGGGGUUGCAAGCCCGACUUUUUGACGUAUUGGAUUCUUGGAGAAGCGUUUCGGUCAUCAGGGAAUGUGGUUGACAGGGAGAAAAUCCUGAAGAAGAAGAGAAAGUUGGGGGUAGCUCCAAGGCUUAAUGAAUACAAGGAGUAUUUAUUUGCUUUAAUAGCUGGAAGACGGAUAUGUGAAGCUAAAGAGUUAGGUGAAGUUAUUGUCAAAGGAAAUUUUCCUAUGGAUGAGGAGGUUUCUAAUGUGCUGAUAGGGUCAGUGGCUUCCAUUGAUCCUUAUUCUGCUAUUAUUUUCUUCAAGUUCAUGGUCGAGAAAGGGAGAUUCCCAACUCUCUUGACUUUAAGAAAUCUGAGUAGGAAUUUAUGUAAGCAUGGAAAGAUUGAUGAACUGUUGGAAGUUUACCAAGUUCUGAGUAGAAAUAACUACUUCAAUGAUUUUGAUAGAUAUCAUUUAAGAAUUUCAUUCUUAUGCAAGGCUGGAAUGGUGAAAGAGGCCUAUGGUGUUUUGCAGGAGAUGAAGAAAAAUGGAUUUACCCCUGAUGUAUCUUUUUACAAUUCUGUCCUAGAAACAUGUUGUAGAGAAGAUUUGCUUCGGCCUGCUAAGAAGCUGUGGGAUGAGAUGUUUGCUAGUGGCUGUGAUGGUAAUUUGAAGACGUAUAACAUCCUCAUUCAAAAGUUCUCAAAAUCCAAUCAAAUCGAGGAAGCUUUGGUGCUUUACCAUCAUAUGCUUGGAAAAUCGGUUGAACCCGAUAUUACAAUCUACAUGUCCCUGCUUCAAGGGCUCUGUCAGCAUUCACAACUUGAAGCUGCUUUUGAAGUCUUUAGCAAGUCUGUAGAACAGGAUGUAAAUCUUGCGGGAACCUUGCUGAGCACUUUUAUCUUGUGUCUAUGUAAAGCAGGUCAUUUCCUUGCUGCAUCCAAGUUACUCUGUGGUCUAUCAAGCGACAUUGCUCACCCAGUCACCCAUGUAACUUUACUGAAAGGUUUUGCAGAUGCUGGAAAGGUUCCACUGGCUAAGCAACAUUUAGAAUGGGUUCAAGAGACUUCUCCAUCAAUGUUGUCUGUUAUAUCCAGUGAGUUAUUAGCAUUUCUUCCUUCCUCCCCAAGAGCAGAUCAAAUUUUACAGAUUCUUCAAACAAUACAAGAACUAUCACGUUUUAGCAAUUGAUGAAGAUAUUAUGAAGUUCUUCAAUAGAUGCAAUCCUACACGAUCAAGUCGGAUACUGGUUGUUAUAUAGCAGCACACAAUAUCGUGAAAGUUUUGUGUUACAGGGUAUAGACAUCUUCAACAUUGCUUUCUUCCUCUAUGGAAGCAUGAGAACCAAAAAGUGUAGAUUUUUAUUUAACCCAUGCACCAAACCUAGUGUUUAGCCAUCCAUUUUUAGCCGAAACUUCAUAAGGGUCGUUUAUUGCUCAGGAAGGAGCAUUGCUAAUUAUUCGACCUUGAAACUUAGAAAUGACAAGUUAAUUCGUUCUCUUCUUGCUCUGUUUCUUAGUAAAAUAUAAAAUUGACUUCAGGUUCUUCCUGGCCGGUUCUUAAAAA